AGGCUUGACAGGGAUUUAAUGGAACCCUAAUGUAUGUGUUACUUGGCACUUUAGAGUCUUUCUUAAUAAGUAGAUAUUAUACAUAGUUCAUACAUUAAAACUGAGGUUCAGAGUUUCUAAAUGACCCUAAGAACUACACAAUAAGGAUGAAAGCAGUCUCUGAAAAGAUGCAAGUGUUUUGAGUCAUAUCUACACAGUGUGUUCAAUCAAGUAGAACCUUGAUUGUAGUAUUUAAAUGUUUGAAAUAACCCACUACUUAAGUCUAUAUUAAGAUAAUGUCACGUGAUGAAUACAACCAGGUUUAAAAAAAAAAAACAUUACCAUUAAACAUUAAAUGUUUUCCCCUCCAAUCACCUGAACCUCAGAUAAGUUCAGGAAAGUUUUACCCAAUUUCCUCCUUUCUCCCCCUUCUAGCUUACCCCUCAAAAUUUAUUUGCUACUUCUAGGAAUAACAGGAGAACCUACAGUUUUCUUUUCUGCAUUGGAAUAUGGAGUAGGGGGAAACCUGUUAAACAUCAGUGUGUAUCUAGAUCACUUUCCUGCUAAUAUUGACAUGUUUGUUCUGCAUUCUUGUGGAUAUAACAGCCCAGGAGUGAUGGCCCACCCUAAGAAUGUUGUGGGUAAAUUGACAAAUUCUUGAAUAUACUUGCUCUGAGUUACAGACUGUACAAAGUACUUUCUAUUGUACCCACCUCAGAACUGAAUUUUUAAUAUAUAUAUUAAAUAUAUAUAUUACAUAAAAUUUUUAGUAUAUAUAAUAUAUAUAUUUAAAUGAGGAAAGCAGGGACCACAGAAGUUAUUUUCUGAAUGUCACGGAUGAUUGACUGGAAGGACCUCAGAAGACUGUGUUUUAAUAUGAAACAUUUCUGCUUGGGGGUUGUAUGCAAUACACAGGGUUAAUAUAUGUGGAAUCGUACCAAUAGGUCAUCAAUGUGAAUAAAGGGAAAACGUCUAUCAUUUCUGCUCAAGUGGUGAAACUAGUUGGGGUUUCUUAGACACCUGAAUGCAGUAAAGGUCGCACACCCCAGCGGAAGACAGGUUAAAAAGGGCGGUGGCCAAUCUCCGAGGCCGUCCUGCAUCCUAAAACCGUGUGCGUGACGUCAGGAAAGCGGUUGAUACAGUGUGGGCCCUGUAGGAGCAGACAGACAGAUAGACCCGGGACGGGAACAGAACCCGCGGAGUGCAGACCUAGCAGAGCGGUGAGUGCGGGAUGGCGUCAGGAGACACCACGGUCACCUCAGUCUCCGCCGGCGCCGGGCGGGUUCCAAUGCCCCGCAGAGCCCAACGGCUGCACUUCCGGCUUCCUCCCCGCCUCUUCCGGCCCCGCCCACCAGCGGUCCGGCUACGCAGACGCGGUCGGCUGGACCCUGAAUCCAUGGCGUCUCCGGGGUCCGUGACCGCGGCGCUGCGGGUGGCUGAGGUGCUCGAAGCCAUCGCGAACCGCUGCGUGGGGCCCGAGGGCGGGCUAGUGUUGUGUACGAAGCCCACCGGCGAGGUGCUGCUUAGCCGGGAUGGAGGCCGCCUCCUGGAGGCGCUGCACUUAGAGCAUCCCUUAGCCAGGAUGAUAGUGGCAUGUGUUUCCAGUCACCUUAAAAAAACAGGAGAUGGUGCUAAAACAUUUGUUAUUUUUCUUUGCCAUUUACUCAGAGGACUUCAUGCAAUCAGAGAAAAAGAUCCAUUCACUUCUGAAAAUAUUCAAACCCAUGAAAGGCACUGGAAAAACUGUAGUCAGUGGAAAUCUGUUUCCCAGGCUCUUCUGACGUUUCAGACACAAAUACUAGACCGUAUUGUGGACCAGUAUUUAAGCAGGCACUAUUUGUCUGUGUUUUCUUCAUCCGCUAAAGGAAGAACACUGCGCAGGCGCUCUUUAGAGUCACUCCUAGAAGCGUAUUUUUGUGGACGAGUGGGACGAAACAAUUGCAGAUUCAUUUCGCAGUUGAUGUGUGACUACGUUUUCAAGUGCAUGGCUUGUGAAAGUGGGGUCGAAGUGUUUGAGUUGAUGGACAGCUGUUUUUUCGAACUGAAUGUUGGUGUCUCAGGCCUUCCUGUUUCCGCUUCUAGAAUUGUGGACGGCCUUGUGCUUCACCGAGACUUCUCUGUGUAUUGCCCAGCAGAUGGUGACAUUCGGAUGGUGAUGGUCACAGAGGCCCUCCAGCCUCUGUUUUCAUCGUCCAAAUCAGAGUUUAUGCUAAAUUCGGAAGCGCAGUUUCAGGCCUCUCAGUGUUGGAUCGUGGAGAGGACCGAGGCAGUAAUGAAACAUUUGCAAAGUCAGAAUAUAAAACUGCUCCUGUCCAGCGUGAAGCAGCCAGACCUGGUUGUUUACUGCGCAAGACUACAUAGCAUAUCCGUGGUGGAGUGCUUAUCAGCUGAAGAGGUUUCUCUCAUCCAGAGGAUCACUGGCCUUCCUCCUUGUGUUCUGCCACGGGUCACUUCACAGGGUGAGAUUUUGCAUACGACUUCGGUGAAAUUUUGUAAACCCCUCAUCCUUAGGUCCAAAAGGUAUGUUCAUCUUGGCUUGAUGAGCACACGUGUGUUUAUACCUCACUGUAUGAUCCUUUGUGGACCGGUUCCAGGUCUUGUUCAACAGCAUGAGAGUGCCUUGCAUGGGGCAUUUAAGAUGCUCCGGCACUCGUUUACUGACCUUGAUCUAAAUUACAUUAUACAAACCGAGGACCAGUGCGACUCCAGUCCCCUUGCUUCUAACAGUAGCAGAGACAGUCAUCACCUACCAGAAAUUGGUAAGUAUCAAGACAUAACCGUAAAGAACAAAAAUAAAUCGGAAAGCACUCAAACGUAUUUAAGAGUAUAUUCAAAUCUGGUGGCUUCAGAUACAGAAUUAGAAAUGCCUGUGCCAUGGUCAGCGCAGAAGGAGACACCGAUAGAUGCAUCUCUAACAGGUGAUAUACGGAAGUGCUUGUCUCCAGAAAGAAACUGGAUAAUUGAGGGCUGUGAACUGUCGAUUGAGAAUAAUUCUACUGGACACCCUACAGCAGAAGACACUAGAACAGAAAUUUCUUACGAAAAUGUACAGGUCAUAAGUAAUCCUGGGAAAGGGUACACAUUGCCGGUGAUAUACAAGUCCCUAGAGGCAUGUACUUCCCGGGGUUAUUGUUCAUCCACUAUACCAGCAGGCUGUGUUCUGCCAGUGGGUGGUCAUUUCGAGAUCUUGUUGCAUUGCUGUCUUCUCAACUAUGCCAAGCAGUGUCGGCAAUCAGCUGAAGCCACGGUUGGUACGUUGAUAGCUAAUGCACUUUUAGGCAUCCCUAAAAUCCUUUGCAAGCCUCAGAAGGGAAAGGUCAGCUUUUCACACACAUACCUACGCUCUCUCCACGCACUGCAAACCGGUCAACCCGUGGUAAGUGGCCAGUCAGGACUGGAGCCAGUAGCUGGGAAGUACCAGUUACUAACUUCAGUUCUUCAGUGUUUGGUGAAAAUACUAACCAUUGAUUUAAUAAUCAAUAUUAAGAGACAACCUCAUAAAACUAGUGACGAAGAUUCAGAAGAUGAACUUUAACACUCCAAGUUUUUUUGUUGCUCAAACUUUGAAUCGGGAGCCAGGGAGAAGGCAAACUCGAGGACCUGUGGUUAAUAAUGCCCAGGGCCCACUGGCUGGAAGGAGAGGAGUGUUAGGAAAAAAAUUUAUUCAACUCAAACUAAAAAUUAAAACAGACUUCUGGCUGACUUUCAAGUCAAUCCAAUCAUUAAAUACAUUGACUCUCAGACCAUUCACAUACAAAUAUCGGUUCUAGGGAACAAAACCUGGCUAAAAAUGUCUCUCUCCUGUUAUAUACCUGUCUCAGGUCUGUGUUAGCCUGUGUCUAAGGGAGUGUGUCUCUAAUUUCCCUUUGCUGUAUUUUUUCCACUUCAUUUCCUUAAACUUUCUGUAUUUCAUGUCCUCUCCCGGUUUGAAAGAGGCCAUGAAAUGCCAUCUCACGUUGUUCCUAACCAUGAUAUAAAAUGUGUUUGUUUGUUUGUUUGUUUGUUUGUUUUUAAUUUACUUAUUUAUUUAUUUAUAAAAAUUUCCACUUUCUCCCCUCCUCCCAAU